AUGUUCACUCAUCGUCUACGCUCCCUCCUCAACACCUCCACUGCCAUCCCCAGAUCAUCCACAUUGACAUCAUCGGCAUCCCGCAUAAAUCAGUUCCAAUUCCAAUUCCGAUCAUACUCCACUCCCACUCCUACACCACCAUUAGAUAAAGGUGAACAAGCGAUAUACGAUAAGCUCAAAUCUGCUUUCCCAGGUAAGAGGCUAGAAGUUCAGGAUGUAUCUGGAGGAUGUGGUUCAUUCUAUGCCAUCUUAAUCUCAUCGAACAAGUUCAAAGGUCUAUCUACUAUAAAGCAACACAAAUUGGUUAAUGCGUGUUUGAAAGAGGAUAUACAAGGUAUACAUGGUUUACAGCUAAAAACUAUACCUGAGGAGUGA